GCCCGCCCUGGCCCGGGCUCCCGGCACCGAGAGCAGCUAGCGGCUGGCCUCCGCCUCCCUGCGCUUCCCGGGCGCAGCCGACCCCCGGCCGCCGCGUUCACCUCGCCGAUGCGCGGUUGGCGGCACUGGUCGGAGCUGUUUUCUCCUUGAUGCUAAGAUCCUGCCAGGAUAGGAGCUCACUUCCCUUUCCACAGCCAGACGUGGCAAUCUGGCCUGCAGGACAUGGGGACAAGGAUCUGAGACCUCCUGUAGCUCCGGCCACUUUCUGUCGUCUGGGGAUUUGGCCCGUGUGGGCCACUGAGCUCCAUUCAAGUAUCAAAGAGGAGGAGGGCAGGUCUUUGGGAUGGGCCAGUCCAUUGGCCAUCUCCAGCCCCCCUGCUGCUGAAGCUGCCCUGCUCAUGAUCACCCAGGUCGUGGGACCCAGGGCCUGCCAGGGCUAGGAGUGGGGCCCACUCUUCAUGGGUCUCUAGGCCUUCUCGACAUGUCUGGGAAGGGAGGCUGGGGCUGGUGGUGGGCCCGGCUGCCCCUCUGCCUGCUCCUUAGCCUUUAUGGCUCCUGGGUGCCUUCAUCCCUGGGGAAGCCCAAGGGCCACCCCCACAUGAACUCUAUCCGCAUUGACGGGGACAUCACGCUGGGAGGCUUGUUUCCUGUCCACGGCCGAGGCUCUGAGGGUAAAGCCUGUGGGGAACUGAAGAAGGAGAAGGGCAUUCACCGGCUGGAGGCCAUGCUCUUCGCGCUGGACCGCAUCAACAAUGACCCGGACCUGCUGCCCAACAUCACGCUGGGCGCCCGCAUUCUGGACACCUGCUCCAGGGACACCCACGCUCUCGAGCAGUCACUGACCUUCGUGCAGGCGCUCAUCGAGAAGGAUGGCACCGAGGUCCGCUGUGGCAGCGGCGGCCCACCCAUCAUCACCAAGCCUGAGCGCGUGGUGGGCGUCAUCGGGGCUUCAGGGAGCUCAGUCUCAAUCAUGGUGGCCAACAUCCUCCGCCUUUUCAAGAUUCCCCAGAUCAGCUACGCCUCCACAGCCCCGGACCUGAGUGACAACAGCCGUUAUGACUUCUUCUCCCGCGUGGUGCCCUCGGACACAUACCAGGCCCAGGCCAUGGUGGACAUUGUCCGGGCCCUCAAGUGGAACUACGUGUCCACACUGGCCUCAGAGGGCAGCUAUGGUGAGAGCGGCGUGGAGGCCUUUAUCCAGAAGUCCCGAGAGAACGGAGGCGUGUGCAUCGCCCAGUCGGUGAAGAUUCCUCGGGAACCCAAGACCGGGGAGUUUGACAAGAUCAUCAAACGCCUCCUGGAAACAUCCAAUGCCAGGGCCAUCAUCAUCUUUGCUAACGAGGAUGACAUCAGGAGGGUGCUGGAAGCAGCGCGCAGGGCCAACCAGACUGGCCACUUCUUCUGGAUGGGCUCUGACAGCUGGGGCUCCAAGAGCGCUCCCGUGCUGCGCCUGGAGGAGGUGGCCGAGGGUGCUGUCACCAUCCUCCCCAAGAGGAUGUCUGUCCGAGGGUUCGACCGAUACUUCUCCAGCCGCACGCUGGACAACAACAGGCGCAACAUCUGGUUUGCCGAGUUUUGGGAGGACAACUUCCACUGCAAGCUGAGCCGCCAUGCGCUCAAGAAGGGAAGCCACCUCAAGAAGUGUACCAACCGAGAACGCAUCGGGCAGGACUCAGCCUACGAGCAGGAGGGGAAGGUGCAGUUUGUGAUUGACGCGGUGUAUGCCAUGGGCCACGCACUGCACGCCAUGCAUCGUGAACUGUGUCCUGGCCGCGUAGGACUCUGCCCUCGCAUGGACCCCGUGGAUGGUACCCAGCUGCUUAAGUACAUCCGGAACGUCAAUUUCUCAGGCAUUGCAGGGAACCCCGUAACCUUCAAUGAGAACGGAGACGCACCAGGACGUUAUGACAUCUACCAGUACCAACUGCGCAAUGGCUCAGCUGAGUACAAAGUCAUCGGCUCCUGGACUGACCACCUGCACCUCAGAAUAGAGCGGAUGCAGUGGCCAGGGAGUGGCCAGCAGCUGCCGCGCUCCAUCUGCAGUCUGCCCUGCCAGCCGGGUGAGCGGAAGAAGACAGUGAAGGGCAUGGCCUGCUGCUGGCACUGCGAGCCCUGCACAGGGUACCAGUACCAGGUGGACCGCUACACCUGCAAAACCUGCCCCUAUGACAUGCGGCCCACGGAGAACCGCACCAGCUGCCAGCCCAUACCCAUCAUCAAACUGGAGUGGGACUCACCCUGGGCUGUGCUGCCCCUCUUCCUGGCUGUGGUGGGCAUUGCUGCCACGUUGUUUGUGGUGGUCACUUUUGUGCGCUACAAUGAUACUCCUAUCGUCAAGGCCUCGGGCCGGGAGCUGAGCUACGUGUUGCUGGCGGGCAUCUUUCUGUGCUACGCCACGACCUUCCUCAUGAUUGCAGAGCCAGACCUGGGGACCUGCUCACUCCGCCGUAUCUUCCUGGGGCUCGGCAUGAGCAUCAGCUACGCUGCCCUGCUCACCAAGACCAACCGCAUUUACCGCAUUUUUGAGCAGGGCAAACGGUCGGUCAGUGCGCCACGCUUCAUCAGCCCGGCCUCCCAGCUGGCUAUAACCUUCAGCCUCAUCUCCCUGCAGCUGCUUGGCAUCUGUGUGUGGUUUGUGGUGGACCCCUCCCAUUCAGUGGUGGACUUCCAGGACCAGCGGACACUUGACCCCCGCUUUGCCCGGGGUGUGCUCAAGUGUGACAUCUCUGACCUGUCGCUCAUCUGUCUGCUGGGCUACAGCAUGCUGCUCAUGGUCACAUGUACCGUGUAUGCCAUCAAGACUCGGGGUGUGCCCGAGACCUUCAACGAGGCCAAGCCCAUCGGCUUCACCAUGUACACCACCUGUAUCGUCUGGCUGGCCUUCAUCCCCAUCUUCUUUGGCACCUCACAGUCAGCCGACAAGCUGUACAUCCAGACCACCACGCUGACGGUCUCUGUGAGUCUGAGCGCCUCUGUGUCCCUGGGAAUGCUCUACAUGCCCAAAGUCUACAUCAUCCUCUUCCACCCGGAGCAGAACGUGCCCAAGCGCAAGCGCAGCCUCAAAGCUGUGGUCACCGCAGCCACCAUGUCCAACAAGUUCACGCAGAAGGGCAACUUCAGGCCCAACGGGGAAGCCAAAUCAGAACUGUGUGAGAACCUGGAGGCCCCAGCACUGGCAACCAAACAGACCUAUGUCACUUAUACCAACCAUGCAAUCUAGCUGGGCUGAGCCAAGCAGGUCGAAGAGUCACAACCUCUGAGGAUGGUGCAUCGGGCCAGGGCCGUUCCUGAGGGCCCUGCUGAUGUCCUGCCUGCCCCAUGGGCAUCCACGAAUGUGGCUUGGUGCUGAGGACAGUAGAAUUCCCGGCCAUCACUGCUGGGCAAGCCGUGGUGGGCAACCGGAGGAGGCUGAGUGGCUGGGGCCCAGCCCCAGGGCUUGGUCUCGAGAUCCUGGCCCCGGCUUUUUCUCCUCCUUCUGCCUCCGUCUGUCCUGUUGGUGACCCUGGUUGGUCCUUACCCCUGUCUUUGCGUUUCUCUUCCGUCUUUCACUCUGCAUGUGUUGUCUGUUUGGGCUUUUUGCUUCUGUAUGUUCCUUUCUGCUCCUCCCGUCCUUGGCCCUCUGCCCUGUCCCAUGCCUUCUGCUUCCUUGAGUUGCCCCACCCCCAUCCCAUGUCAUUUCUCAUGCAUUUUGCUUUUCUGUCCUGUCGGCCUCAUCUCUCCCAGCCUUUGUUCCCUUUGCUCCAUCUGCCAAUUCUUUCAUGUUGCAAAAGAGAAAAAAAGGGGGGGAGGGAUUGAAACACAAAAAAAGCCCAAACAAAAACUAAUCUUGAGUGUGUUGCAAAGUGCUGCGUCCUCCUGGUGGCCUCUGUGUGUUCCUGUGGCCUGCAGCCUGCUCGCCCACCCUACCCGUCUGCCGUGUGUCCUACCCGCCUGCCCGCCUUGCCCCUCCUGCCAACGACACGGAGUUCAGUGCCUGGGUGUUUGGUGAUGGUCCCCGAUGUGUAGCAUGACUGUUUUUAUACUGAGAACAUUUCUAAUAAAGAUAAACACAUGGUUUUG